CCACGAGGCAGUUGCAUGGAAUUCAACGACGUCAGAGGGUGGGGUCCACAUUGCCUCACGUUCUUGUCGUGGCCAUGUGGAUGGAGGUCAAAGCAGGGGGCGAGGAUCGGCGCGACGACAGUUCCGGCGUGCAUGGCGGAGGCGUCGAGUACCUCUUGUUGGUGGCGUACGGCCUCGUCGUCCUGGCGUUGUUCGUGUGCGGGAUCUGGAAUCUUCUCCAACAGCAUCGCCCGACCACCACGAACGUGAGCAUCCUCCCUGGCCAGCACCAUGUAAUGGACCUAUGGACCGAGCAUGCGGCCAUGUGGACAUGCGCCGUGUGCGGGCACGACAAUAUGUGCCAGGAACGACUGGCGCAGUCGUCGCUCCGACAUAGCCUUCAUCGAAGUUCGUCGUUGUGCCUCAUGUGCGGGUCGCCAUCCCGCCAUGAUUCGUCGACCUCAUUUCCAUCGUCAGCUAGCCCUCCUACGCACCCCACUUCGCCGCCAUUCGUGACGCCGCAGUUGCUCUCGGCAUCACAUCGACGAGAUUGGACCCGGCGAGUCGUGCCGUCGACCUCGGCGGCAGAAGGCCCCCAUGUCGAGGUAUGGGAAGCCUCGGCCCGUGGUCCACCAACGCCGCCGCUCGGUCGCCCUCUCGUUGGGUACAUUGCUGUUUGUGUUUCAUCGCCGACGCACGCAUGCGGCCGCCUGGUCCCGCAGACAACGUCCGAAUUCAACGCGGCGGCAGUCGCAUCGCUCAAGACAAACCAAAGCCAUGCACCGGUCGCGCCAUUGCGCCAUCGCCUGCCAUUCCCACAAAAGUACCACAUGUGGCUCACCCAAGUCGCCAAAGCAAAAGAGCGCUACCGCCACCGUCUAGUAUACGUUCGAGCGUCCCGACAGACGACGUCGGUGGUGCCGCUUGCCGCUGAGCGACUCAUGGCGCUAUCUCCCGAAGAGCUUCACUUUCCCCUGAGCAUUCGGUUUGCGGGCGAGCCGGGGGUCGAUGCAGGGGGCUUGGAGCGUGAAUGGUACAACACGGUGGCAACGGCGCUGUUCGACCCUGCGAUGGGCUACUUUGUCCAAGUCGAGCACACGUCCAAGUCGAUGCUGAUUCACCCGCAUGCGUCUCCCAAGUGGUUUCGGGGCAUUGGACGAUUCUUGGGCCGCGCGCUUUUUGACGGCCACCCGAUCCCUGCACGGAUGAAUGGGGUCCUGUACAAGCAAUUGCUCGGCGUGCCAUACAGCGUCGACGACAUUCAGUUUAUCGACGCGUCCGUCUACCGCAGUUUGAAGUGGAUGUUGAGCCAGCAAUCCCCUGACGACUGUGUCUGCACCCUCGAAGCACUCGAAUUGGACUUCACCGUCAUGGAGCAGACUUUGGACGAGCGCGGCCGCCCGACCGGCACCUCCCGCGUCGUGGAUUUGAAACCCUACGGACGGCAGUGCCGCGUCACCAACGCCAACGUUGCCGAGUACGUUGAGCUGUACGUGCACUGGCUCUGCCUCACACGAGUGUCUGCAUGUGUCGCGGCCCUUCGGCGCGGGCUGCAGGAUGUCCUUCCGCCGUCAAUGUUGCUGCUGGACAUGAUGGACCACAAGGAGCUCGAGCUGUUGCUUUGUGGUGUCCAAGAGAUUGAUGUCACCGACUGGAAAAAGUAUACAUUUGUGAUCGCUUCAAAGGCGGCGGUGGACCCCGCCGACGUUGUCGGGUGGUUUUGGGACGUCGUGGCCGCCAUGGCGCAUGAUCGCCAAGUCAAGUUGCUGCAGUACGUGACCGGAAGCGUGUGCGUGCCAUUACAAGGUUUUCAGGCUUUGACGAAUCGGGACGGAUCGAUCUGCCACUUUACAUUGCGCAUCGUGUCACUCGACGAGGCUGCGUAUCCUGUGGCCCAUACGUGCUCGAAUCGGCUGGACCUGCCGCGUUACGAAGACCAGGCAACGCUUCGUCAUGCCCUCGACAUGGUGACGGCCAUGGACGUGACGGGGUUUUCGACAGCAUAAUGGAUAAUUAAACGGUUUCAGUUUUGGAAUGGC